GUAACAAUUCUGUGUCUGUCCCUGAGUAACAAUUCUGUGGCCCUAAGUAACGGUUCUGUGGCCCUCAGUAACAAUUCUGUGUCCCUGAGUAACGUUUCUGUGGCCCUAAGUAACAAUUCUGUGUCCCUGAGUAACAAUUCUGUGGCCCUAAGUAACGGUUCUGUGGCCCUCAGUAACAAUUCUGUGUCCCUGAGUAACAAUUCUGUGGCCCUAAGUAACGGUUCUGUGGCCCUCAGUAACAAUUCUGUGUCCCUGAGUAACAAUUCUGUGUCUGUCCCUGAGUAACAAUUC